AUGGCUGGCGCAAAGCGACGAAACCUCACAACCGAUGAUCUCCUGCGUAUGCAGGAGGAGCCGAACAGAAAGAGAGGACGUACAGACCUCCCGCCCCAGGACACAGCUGCCACAAGCAACUCUGAGGAUGAGCAAAGCGUGGCUUCGACAUCUGAUAGUGACCACGAGCCCGUAGAUUCGGACGACAGUAUACUUUCCUCACGAACGGAGACUAUUGGGGAUGACACGCCUUCAUCGAGAAUAAACUUCGUUCCUAGAACUGCACGUGUGGUCCCCCCAGAUGCACCUAAAGCAGCAGUUUUCCGACCAUCUACGUUCGCAUCGCUUGGUGUUUCCUCUGCUCUUGUCGACGCGUUGUCCAAGAUAUCUAUACGUCUUCCUACCGAAAUCCAAACCGCUUGUAUACCACCACUAUUGCAAGGCGAAGAUUGCAUUGGCAAUGCGCAGACAGGCUCAGGAAAGACGAUCGCAUUUGCUUUGCCAAUUAUUCACAAAUUGUCUGUGGACCCGUACGGCAUAUUUGCUCUAGUCCUUACCCCUACGCGUGAACUCGCGUUCCAGAUAUCUGAACAAUUUGCUGUCCUUGGUGCCUCGUUCAAUCUGAGGACUGCUGUCGUAGUUGGAGGCAUGGACAUGAUGUCUCAGGCUCUCGAGCUUGACAAGCGUCCGCACGUAGUGGUCGCCACGCCUGGCCGCAUCGUUGACCAUCUGAAGAGCACUUCUGGAGAGUGGAAUCUUGCAAGAAUCAAGUUUCUGGUGCUCGAUGAAGCGGAUCGCUUGCUGACUCCCACAUUUACUCCGGAAUUGUCCUAUCUCUUCGAAAUACUUCCGAAAGAGCGACAGACUUGUCUGUUUACCGCUACAUUGACCCCAGCUGUCGAGACUCUCGCAGAAACGUCACCGAGACCAGGCAAGCAAAAGCCUUUUAUCCACAGAAUUGCAGAGACUGUCGAAACAGUCGAGACGCUGAAGCAGCACUACGUUUUGGUACCGUCACAAGUACGGGAAGCAUAUCUGUUCCAUCUUUUGUGCAAUCCACCAGAAUCAACACUUCACCUCCGUCGUGCGCCUCCCGAACUAGUAAAUCGCGGUCAAAAGGCUUCUUCGAAGACCAAGAAAUCUGCGAAGAAAAAACCCACCGUCGGAGAGGAAGACGAUAUCGAGCAACCACCACCCACGAUCAUCUUUUGCAGACAUCCGCGCACAGCUGCCUACCUCACGUACCUUCUCAAGUCUUUGAACGUGCGCAGCACUGCGUUGCAUUCACGCCUCACACAGAGGGAGAGACUGUCUUCCCUGUCGCUCUUCCGUGCGUCGGUGGUGCCUGUAUUGGUUUCUACCGAUGUCGGGGCUCGUGGACUGGAUAUUGAGGAUGUAGCGAUUGUCAUCAAUUGGGACAUGCCUGAUGAACCGGAAGAGUACACCCAUAGAGUGGGACGGACGGCUCGCGCGGGAAAGGGAGGUAUUGCCAUCAGUUUCGUCACGGAGAGGGACGAGGAGCGGGUCUUGAAGGUGGAAGAGCGUAUCAAAACAAAGUUAACUGAGAUGACCUUGCCCGAAAAGAAAGUCCUUGAGAAACUCAAUGUGGUCUCCACAGCGAAGCGCUUGGCGAAUAUGGAGUUGCAUGACUCUGACUUCGGGAAGCGGGAGGAGAUCCACAAGAUCAAGAAGGCCAAGCGCAAGACAGACGUAGAAGGGACAUAA